AUGUGCAUAGGCGGAGUGACGGUUCCGGUGUACAAUGAGUACAUCGCCGCGCUGGGAGACGAGAUGAAGGGGAUGUCAGAUGAGUUCAAGGCGUUGGGUCUGGCUACCAACAACGUGCAGGGACUGCUGGCUACCGCGCACCCGGACGACGUGUUCUUCUUCCACGAGAUUAAUUUUCUUCCGAGCCGGCUUCUGAAGACAUACAUUCCGGAUAAGCGCAAUGGGGCGGAGCGGAUUGUCAGCGUCGGCAUUCUUUACAAUGCGACAGGGAGUUGUUCCGCGGUGGCUCUGGUGGUUCUAUCUCCGUACAAUAGGCCCGAGCGCAGGCGGGGGAGGGCGGCAUCGCGCCAGGUGGCCGUCCGCAUAUGUGUGCAUACCGCUAUUAUGAUGGAGUUGUGCUAUCGGUGUCGGGUUUUCUGCACACUGGUGUUCACGGAGUUCGUGGAGAAUGUCAAUGGCGUGCACUUCAGCCGUGAUCGCAACACCCUCAUCCUAACCAUACACGAGGCGCAUCGCAUCACCGGCGAGGUCGCGCGACCCGUCACGGAGCACGGCUUCAGCGUGCAUCACCUCACCAACUCCCGAAUCGUCAACAUACGAGGGUCGGUUCCUGAAGGGGGCCUUCCGUACCUGCCGGGAGUGGAGGAUGCGCUGAAGGGCCAUUACCGCGUUAUGCUAAUGAAGCGUGCGAUAGCGGUGAAGCGGUUCCAGUUCGACUAUUCGGCUUCCAUCGCUGACGUAGAUUAUGGCCUCAUGCUCGAGUGGCUGGGAGAAUCGUGGACUCGUGUGCGCGCAGCAACCAUGCAGAGGAGCUGGUGGCACGCCGGAUGCGUGCCCCCGAGCUGGCCGCCACUGAUGGCGUACCUGAACGACACGUGCGCAACGGGCAUGUUUGAGCCCCUCAUUGCGACAUGCGUCGAGCUGUAG